CAUGGUGUUGGCGGUUCUCACAGGAAAGCAAUGACGGAAGUGGAUCCCACGUCGGUACCUCUCGAUGCCAGCCAUGCCGUAAUGCUGCUCACCGGCCAGCUGACCAACAAACGGCACUCGGCGCAUCCACCGUACGAUGCGAGCAUGAAGCGUCUCAUUAGCAAGGAGAUGUGCUACCAUGCGAGGCUCGUCCGCGAUGGCGGCCGUCCCGCGAUUCCAAUGGAGUUUAUGGAGCUGGUAUUGCUAUUAUUCGGUACCGGUUAA